AUGCCCUGGCCACACUUGCCCGUGCUGCUGCUCUGCGCUGCUGUACUCCAAUACCAGAAGAAACUGCCCAUGUCCGAAAAGAUAUCGACUCGAGGGAGAAAACGCGCCGCUCCCGUCCUUCUUCUCCCAGCCAUUCAUCAAACAAACGCCACAAAGAUGACAAAACAUAUACCCAAUCCUCAGGAACAGGUUGCACCUGUGGUGUCAGAUGCUCUUGCCCCGGUUGUGUGGAACAUCGAGGACCUCUACACGCCAAUCACAACAGGAAAGACUGUCGUGACGGAUGCGGUACUUGCGUUGAUCCCAGCAUGGGCGCAAACUUACCAAGCACAAGUCAAUCGCCUAAUGUUCCUGGAGACUCCUCAAGAAUGCCACGAACGCAACCCUUUGGUUUCGGCGUGGUCAACCUUCCAAAGUUGGAAUGUUGUGGGGGUCAGUGCAAUUGCCCGGACGGCCGAUGCUCUUGCAGAACAUCUUGCGCGGGAUGCUGCGCUGAUUCGCGAGAAGAUGCGCCGCCGACACAUAUCGCCAUGCCCGUCGCAACGCAUGAAAACGCCACGCCUUCCCAACGGGUUAUAA